UCGGCCAUGCACCAGAUCAGUCUCUGCGACGCACAAGAAGCAGCAAAUUGGCCGCUGCUGCUGUGUGAGCAACUCAACACUCACACUUGACUUCAUUCAGCCCCAGCAGCUACACACCUGCAGCCAGCUCGUUUGUGCGGCGAGUACAGCAAGCAUGCGCAUCUCUAAACUGCAGCUUCCACCCGCUUGGCUAAUUGUAUCUGCCAGCUUUCACCGGCCCGUCGGAUGGCAUUCGUGAUUGCAAAGCCCUACAAUCACGAAUCACCAGUACGAUCAGUCACGGGGCAUUCUGGUCCUUGGUAUAUACGGUCAACAGAUUUUGUCAGCAAUCUUCGCUACUCAUUCGCGUCGUCCAUACCCCCUGCUCAAGAAACGUAGCGCCAGAAGAAGCUGUUGUUGCAGGCUUCGGGCCUCCUAGAGCUUAUCUUCUCCUCCUCCUUCGAACAAUCUUGAGGACUCUCCACCUAGCAGCGGACUACUAGCGAUGUCCGGAUUUGGCAAUGGCGGCGUCCCAGGCGGUCUGGGCGGAUCGGGCAGCAUGGGGUCUCUGACGCCUUCUCGACGGGCGCCUCCCGUACCAUCAGCACGCUCUCAGCACACAGAUCCCUUCCUUCCGCCUCUAUCGUCAUACGGCGCGGGAAGCUCAGGCGUGGCAGGCGCAGGCGCAGGUGCGAGUCCCUCUGGCAUGCCUAUGGGUGCAGGAGGUGGCGCUGGAGGUGGUUCGUACACUGGACCUCUGAGACCAGCCGGACCAAGCGCCGUUGCUGGAAGUGGCGGCUCAUCCUUCUCUGCUGGUACCGGUUGGAACGGCGGUGGUUCUGGCUUCGGGCCGGCUGGUCAACCUGGUGGAGGGAUUGUGCGCAAGGGCUACGUCAGUGUCAAAGAGGAUGGCAUUCGAAGCUGGAUCUGGAGCAAGCGCUGGCUUGCUCUGCGAGAACAGACGCUCACUUUCCACAAGAACGAGACCACCUAUCAAGCUGUCGCUCUCGUCUUCCUAAAGGAGAUAACAAAUGUGACGCGCACUGACCUGAAGCCCUACUGCAUCGAAAUUGAGACCAAAGACAAGACCUAUUACCUUCAGCUCAAGAACGAUGAAGAGCUCUACGGCUGGAUGGACGACGUGUACUCGCGCAGCCCACUGAUGGGUGUCAGCUCUCCCACCAACUUUGUGCACCAAGUUCACGUUGGUUUCGAUCCCAUCAGUGGUGCCUUUACGGGUCUGCCGGAGCAGUGGACUAGACUGCUCACCACAUCAGCCAUCACUAAGGAGGACUACGCCAAGAAUCCCCAGGCAGUGCUUGAUGUCCUCGAGUUCUACACUGACAUUCAAAAGCGCGAGCGAGACGAAUUCGGUCUUGGCACGCCCACCAUGAACCUCCAACCCGGUGGUACAGGUGCCUCUAACAUCUCCUCGCGUGAUGCUCCGGCUGCGAGCCAAGCGCCAGGUCGCUUCCAAGGCACGGGCUUUGCGGGUAGUCAAGGCGCCUCACAGCUUUCUUCGGCAUCAUCGAAGCCCAGCUUGAACUCCAACAGCAGCUUUGGCAGCUCGUCCUCCGCCAACGGAUAUGGCAGCCGCAGCGGCGCAGCGGUGCCUUCCAGGCCUUCAACAGAGCGCGAUGAUAGACUCGCCGCACCGAGCGCCAACACCGGUCCGUCCUCGCGAGCAGCCAGUCCAUCGGGCAACAGACCCGCGAAUGCGCCCGCGCCAACGCCUCGCGAGCGCUCCAAUACCGGCGCUAGCUCUGCGAACGAUCUGGUGGCUAGUCGAAAGGCACCUGCUGCGCCGGGUCCAGCGCGGACUGGCGCAGCCAGCGGUGCACCUUCAUCCUCGAUCGCAGGGCAGUCAGCAUCCUCCGGAGCCUCUGCAGCUGCCGCUGCAGCCGCCGAAAGAGAGCGCGAGCAGGAGCGAGAGCAAAGGCAGCGCGAGAAGGAGCGCGAAAGGGAACGCGAAAGAGAGCGCGAGCGCGAGCGCACACAAGAGAGCGGGACAGCUGCGCUUAACGUCAAGACGAAGGAGCUGAAGCUGAGCGAAUCUGCUGCGUCGGCAUCCUCAAAGGACGCGACCAAGGGCUCGACUGCUACUGCUAAGCCUGGGCCACCACCAGCAGCUUCUGCAGGCACGGCUACUGGCGUCAAGCCGUUGCAAACGAGCAAGAAGGCUGAUGGUGGCAGCAAAAAGGAGAGCGAGCGCCGCAUCAGUACCAUGUCCGAGGCGCAAAUCAUGGAGAAGUUGCGACAGGUUGUGAAUCCCGAUGAUCCCAACACGCUCUACUCCAAGAUCAAGAAGGUCGGACAGGGUGCUUCUGGCUCCGUCUAUGUUGCCAAGACCUUGGCGACCGGCCAGCGAGUAGCUAUCAAAACGAUGGACCUGUCCCACCAACCUCGCAAGGAGCUCAUCGUGAACGAAAUUCUAGUUAUGAAGGAGUCGCAGCAUCCCAACAUUGUCAACUUCCUCGAAUCGUAUUUGGUCCGCAACAAUGAGCUUUGGGUCAUCAUGGAGUUCAUGGAGGGCGGGGCGCUUACUGACAUCAUUGACAACAAUACGUUGGAAGAGGACCAGAUUGCCGCUAUCUCCUUCGAGACGUGCAAAGGUCUUGAGCAUCUGCACGCGCAGAGCAUCAUUCACCGAGACAUCAAGUCUGACAAUGUCCUGCUCAACUCUUCCGGCCAGGUCAAGAUCACCGAUUUCGGAUUCUGCGCCAAGCUCACAGAUCAAAAGAGCAAGCGCGCUACGAUGGUCGGAACCCCUUACUGGAUGGCGCCAGAGGUGGUCAAGCAGAAGGAGUAUGGAGCCAAGGUUGAUAUCUGGUCGCUCGGCAUCAUGGCCAUCGAGAUGAUCGAGAACGAGCCUCCGUACCUGGAUGAGGAGCCAUUGAAAGCGCUGUACCUCAUCGCCACCAACGGCACACCUACGCUCAAGAAGCCUGAAAAGCUGAGCAAGGAAUUGAAGGGAUUCCUUGCCGUGUGCCUUUGUGCCGACGUCAAAAGCCGCGCUAGCGCAGACGAACUUCUGCAACACGAAUUUUUGCGCAAGGCAUGCCCACUUUCGUCCCUCGCGCCUCUGCUCCGCUUCCGCAAUCGGAGCGACAAGUCAUGAGAUGAUGCGCUCCUCAUAUUCUUUCCACGCUUUUACUCCAGGAACAGGAGUGCCCCUCUGCGCACCACUAGAAGCAGCAAGGGUCAUCUUACCGCUAUUCGCUCUCGGACUCCUCGUGUCUCUAUGCGCGCGCGCUUCUGUGGGAAAUUUGGUCAUGAUUUGCGCCACAUUACGACCUGUCAAGACCUCGAAUGAUCAUGCCUUGGACCCAU